AUGUUGUGUUGUUUAAACUGAGUUUGUGUCGAGGUUAGUUAUUGCACAUUAGGUAAACAAAAACUUGUUGUAAUAAUAAUAGCUCCGAUAGCGAAUAGCUGCAUUAAUAUAUUCUGCAAGUUGAAAAAAUAUAUGGUUCACUGAAUUAUAAACAAUUCACAAAAAUGGCAGCCAAACGAUUUUUGGAUCUGCCUGGUGGAGUGAAGAUGCCGACUUUAGGUUUGGGAACAGGACGAUCUACAGAUGAAAAGGAAACUAAAGCUGUAUUAAACGCAGCCCUCGAGGCGGGUUAUCGCCACAUCGAUACAGGUUACGCUUAUGAUAAUGAAAAAUUUAUUGGAGACACAUUAAAAGAAUGGUUUGCUUCCGGAAAACUCAAACGACAGGAUAUAUUCAUCACCACAAAACUCCCGAUGUAUGGUGUACAUCCUGACAGGGUGGAAUUUUUUAUGAAGAAAUCUUUGCAGAAUUUACAGCUCGAUUACGUAGAUCUGUACUUGGUACACUUUCCUGUUGGAUUUAAAUAUGACGAAAAUUCAGGUCGACCAGUGUCGAAUGCAGAAAACCAUUGGAUUGCGGAACCAAAAACAGAUCAUGAGGGUAUUUGGAGAAAAAUGGAGGAACAAGUGAGUGCAGGCCGAACGAAGACAAUUGGUUUAUCAAAUUACAACAUUGCUCAAAUUGAAACAGUUCUUAAAUAUGCAACGAUAAAGCCAGCGAAUUUGCAAGUCGAACUUCAUGUUUACUUGCAACAGCGGCAGCUUGUUGACUUUUGUCACAAAUGUGGUAUAACUGUGGUCGCGUUUUCGCCACUGGGUGCGCCUGGCUACAAUAAAGUUUUGAAACAAACCGGACGAAAAGAGAGACAAUUGCCAGACAUUUUGGGAGAUCCAGUUGUGAACACAAUCUCCAAAAAAUAUUUGAAAACUCCAGCCCAAGUUAUGCUAAGGUUUCUUAUUCAACAAGGAAUUGCGUGCAUUCCAAAAUCUACAAAUGAAAAACGACUUAAAGAAAAUAUUGAAAUAUUCGACUUUGCAUUAGAUGAAGGUGAUGUUAAGAAGCUUCUUAACUUGGAAGUUGGAGAGAAAGGUAGAGUCCGCGAUUUUAAAUUUUUCGAAGGUCUUGAUGAACAUCCAGAUUUUCCCUUUAAGAUAUCCGACAUGCACUGAUUACAGCAAUCUAGCAAUAAAAAAUUGCAAUAUUACCAUGUACAAUAAGAAAUUUUUAGUUUUUACAA